AUGUGGAUGGACACGCUACAUGCCGUGCGCUUUUGUGACUACCAGACUCCUCCGGACGUCUCGGAACACGAGUUCAUGCACAAAGCGCUGCAGGCGGGCUUUGACUUGACACAGAUUUGGCCUGUGGGAAAGGAUGAAACAGGUGAGGAUCACUGGAUCCAACACCAAUUCCACGUCAUUGACCGCGACGCUGCUGUGCAGCUGCAACAGCUGCGGGCCUCGGAGCACGCCCUGGAUCUCAUGGCCUGGGAUAGUCCUGUGGAUCAAGUGUACACUAUUGUUUUUUUGGGUGUGAACGGCGUGGGCAAGUCCACGAACCUCGCCAAAGUUGCGUAUUAUUUGAAGCACAAAGGUGGGCUGAACGUCCUCAUUUGUGCUUGCGACACUUUCCGUGCGGGUGCAGUGGAACAGCUGAAGACGCACUCCAG